CGAUUAUAGCGUAGAACAAUAAUGGCUGAUACUCCCCGACUCAACUUUCCUCGAGGAAUGCUCGCAGGGCAGGUAGCCAUCAUUACAGGAGCAGCCCAGGGCAUAGGCGCGGAGACAGCCAGGAUCUUUGCACGGGAGGGUUGCAAAGUUGUUAUUGCCGACUUAGAUGCUGAGAAGGCUGAGAAAACUGCGGAGGCAAUCAUUUCAGAUGGAGGAGAGGCGCUUGCGGUCGCUGGAGACAUAACGAGGAACGAAGCUAUCGAAGUCCUGGUUAGAAGAGCCGCAGAGUUUGGAGGUGGUAAAAUCCACAUUAUCGUCAAUAAUGCAGGUUACGCCUGGGACGACCCUAUUGAGAAAAUCAAAGAUCAGCAAUGGGAAACCAUCAUUGCCUUACACAACACCGCCCCGUUCAAGCUUCUCCGAACAGCAGCUCCAUAUUUCAUGGUGAAAGACGGCGAAGCACGAUCGAUCGUCAACAUUUCGUCCACGUCUGGGAUUUACGGGAACGCUGGACAGGCGAGCUAUGCUCUUGCAAAAGCCGGCCUGGUAGGGCUUACAAAAACAAUAGCUCAGGAGUGGGGACCAGAGUACGGAGUGCGAGCCAACACUGUCGCUUUUGGAGCGAUCAAGACCAGACUUACACAAGCUCCUAAAGGUGAGUACAUUAUCCGGCCCGACGGCGCAAAGCAUGCCGUUGGAUUUCAUGGUGGUUAUGACGAAGAAGAGAAGUGGAUUGGGGACAUUCCUCUUAGAAGAGUUGGAACGACUAGAGAUGCUGGGUUAGCAAUUCUAGCCGUGGUCUCUCCACUGUUCUCAUACGUGAGCGGACAAACAGUUAUGGUUUCGGGUGGCAGGGGAGGAAUGUGAGAGGGUCAGCUUCAGGUGAAGACAACUCCUGUUGGGCGGCUAUAGAGUGCAGAGAUCAAAGCUGGUCUCAUUUACUUUCUAAUUCAAGUCGUUGAGCCGUUCAUCAUAACACUCUGUACUUAGUUACCUUUGUCUAAAGGCGCAAUCUCGCAGCACGUAGCUGCUGAACAGGCUCCAAGCCGCGC